AUGGGUGUACGCCAUCUGGAUACCUUUGUGCGUCAAAAUGUCCCCGAUGGGUUCUUUUCGGUCAACAUCGAAGACGAAAUCCGGAAGUACUUCAAUACGGCUGCGAUUGCGAAUCCACCUGCACCAGUCAUCGUCGUUGAUCUGAUGACUCUGAACCAACCUCUUAGCAAUUACGACAAAAGAGGACUUCUGUUCGGUGGACGAUUCAACUUGGCUUACUCUGUAAUCGAGACCUUUUUCGCCAAACUAACCGACCUAGGUGCACAGUUGGUAUUUUUUCACGAUGGUCCUUUACAGGACUCGAAAACUGACACUUGGUGUAAACGCCAGGAUGACAGGUAUGAUAAUACACUGACGCUUUUCAACGGCAUUGAGCGAGGGGCCGAUCUGGAUACAUUGCUUAGGGAAUACCCUACUCCAGUUAAUUUCCGAUAUCCUCUGAAGUUCGUAGCGAAGAAGUAUGGACAGUAUAGAAUGGUGAUCGCUCGGGAAUGUGACCAGGAAUUGGCUGCAUUUGCAAAGCAAAUCCACGCACUGGCAAUAUUGUCGGAUGACUCGGAUUUUCUGAUCUACGAGGGUUCCUGGAAGUAUUGGUCUUCCCGGGAGCUGGAUCUAGCAACACUGACUACCAUGGAGUACAAUCGAUCGGCUUUGGUGAACCAUCUGAAGCUUAGCUACAUCCAAAUGCCACUACUUGCCACUCUCAGCGGUAAUGACAUUAUGCCGUACCAGGUUGUCCGUAGACUUCAUUCCCAGCUUGGCUCAAUUCGGGACAAAUUUCCAAACAUGGCUUGCUUCAUACGACGACAUUACAGUGCACCGCUAACUAAGGUUAAAAUUGUCAGCAUUCUUAGAGAAAUUACAGGGCAUCAUAAGAUCCAAAAAGAUAACCUACAGCGCUUCCAGCAAAGUUUGGAUACUUACCGAGUAAACAUCAGCGCGCUGAACGUCAACCCAAACGGUGAUCCAGUUCUGGCUACUCUGAUUAAGGAGGAUUCACCCUUCACGUAUUUGAUCUGGCAGGGAAAAUGCCUCGACGUGGCAAUCGGUUUAGUGGACAUGCGUCCGACCUAUUUCGGAAGUCAUUUCGCAAAGUUGCAUUUUUCGCUGAUCCUUCGUAUGGCCGGAAUCAUUCUAUUCCACCGGAAACCACUGCGGCCAACCCACUGCGCAAUCAUAAUCAAGCUCAACCAUCACAAUCCUCACCGAAAGCAAAGUUAUACCGUUCAAUACCCGCAAGACAUCGAACCACCGACUUUGCCCGAACUACAGGACAAGGAUCCCGCUAUCCACGAAGGUCACCGGGACGUGAAGCAGCAACUGCUUGCUUGGAUCGCAUCCGACACACUUCAACCAGAUUGGCUGCGCUCGGUCCCCCGGGUUCUUCAGUUGACCGUCUACACGCUGUACUACCUAGUGGAGCAGCAGGCUCUUGAGCUGUUCGAAGCCGAUCUACUUCUACAGGUGGCCUAUGACGUGGCGUACGAAACGUACGACUUUCACGGGAUUGACUAUCCGAGGACACUGAAGCUUCGCCCCUUCCAAUUGAUUUUCAUCUACCAGAAGGUGUACUCAUACACUGCCAAGGCAUUUCGGUUGGUUGGGCUGGAUGGCGAUGACUUCCGGGAGGAUCCUCCGCUCGAUGGGGUUUUGUUUCACAAACGAUACGAAGAUUUUCGUGACGGGCGUUGCGAUUUGCGACAAAUUAGGACGUGGAGAAUCUACGAAGGCGCAGGCAGGGAAGGCCGUCAUUAGAUGGAUCACGAUGAUGGUGGGAGAUUUUG